AUGUCAACCAUACAGAACCUCAAAAACUUCAUCAGGCAUGGCAAGCAAGCCAAACAAGCUCACGGUGACCCGACCACCAACGUUUCCCCCGUCCAUGCCCAACAGCAACGAUAUGUCCCGCCACCGCCAAACGCCCAAUAUGCCAUGAGCGAUCCAAACGUCCUCGACCACAAACCAUUACAACACGGAAACGUUCCCGGCGCAGACUACUCUGCAGCAAACAUCGACAAUCGAAAUGUUGCCGCCCAGGCAGGUGGUGCUGCCGCCAGAGCAGCGGGUGACAAGCAAAGAAUCGGCGACGCUGAAACCGUGUCACGAUCAGGAAAAGAGACUGACCCGUCAGUCAUCGAGAGAAUCGUUGCGGAAGAGAGGGAAAGCCAAGGGAAGCUGCCAAAAUAUCCCGGCUUGGAACGGUGGACCCUGUUGGAGAAAAUGGGCGACGGUGCCUUCAGCAACGUAUACCGUGCCCGGGAAGCUAACGGCCAUGGACCCGAGGUUGCCAUCAAAGUCGUCCGCAAGUUCGAGAUGAACUCCACACAGAGAGCAAAUAUUCUCAAAGAAGUUCAAAUCAUGCGGCAACUAGACCAUCCCAACAUUGUCAGACUCAUCGACUUCUCGGAAUCUCGGCAGUACUAUUACAUCGUUCUCGAGCUCUGCCCUGGAGGCGAGCUGUUCCAUCAGAUUGUCAGAUUGACAUACUUCAGUGAAGACCUCAGUCGUCACGUCAUUGUGCAGGUCGCGGAGGCUCUGGAAUAUCUACACGAGACUGCUGGUGUUGUACACCGAGACAUUAAACCUGAAAACCUCCUCUUCUACCCCACUACUUUUAUUCCUACGAGACACCCCAAACCUCGAUCGGCUGAAGACGAAGACAAGGAAGAUGAGGGAGAAUUCAUCAAGGGUGUUGGAGCGGGAGGUAUCGGGACGAUCAAGAUCGCGGACUUCGGGUUGUCGAAGGUCAUCUGGGACAGCCAGACCAUGACGCCAUGUGGUACCGUUGGAUACACAGCACCGGAAAUUGUGAAGGAUGAACGCUAUUCGAAGAGCGUUGAUAUGUGGGCAUUGGGAUGCGUUCUAUAUACGCUGCUUUGCGGGUUUCCCCCUUUCUACGACGAGAGCAUUCAGGUCCUUACCGAGAAAGUGGCACGAGGCCAAUAUACCUUCCUUUCGCCGUGGUGGGAUGACAUAUCCAAGCCUGCGCAAGAUCUCGUCUCACAUCUCCUCACUGUUGAUCCUGAACGACGGUACACCAUUCAGCAAUUCCUCAACCACCCAUGGAUCCGGAACACCAGAGAAGAAACCUACGCUGCGGCCGAUGCUCCACCCCUGGCCACCCCUCUCUACACUCGUCAGAAGGAAUACGGCUUCGGGAACCAAAAGCACGGUGGCACAACACCGCCGGAUACUCUCGCAAGCCAAUACCUCGAAACACCAGGUGGUCAUCAACGCCGCGUAGACUUCCGCUCCCCUGGCGCUGUCAAUCUGCGUGAAGUCUUCGAUGUCAGCUACGCCGUUCACCGUCAAGAAGAAGAAGGGAAGCGUCGCAAGAAUUUCCCGCAAGGCUACCGUGGUGCAGCUGGAAUGAACGGCCUCAACCCGCUCAACGAAGAUGAUGAUGACGACUACGACGACCUUGAUGAUGACUUGGCACCGGCUCAAAACCCGCCCUCCAAGCUGCCUAAACCGCAGGGUGGCGCGGCGGACGUCAGCAGCGUGGAACAGAAAAUGAGAAGCACAAACCUCGGCAAUCCUAGUGCUGCUGCACAAGCACGACAGGCAGCUGCGCCAAAGCAAGCCGGCUAUGGUCAGCACAGCCCUGCAGUUGCGGCGGCAGCGAAGCAGCAAGUGAGGAAGAACAGGGGCGCCUUCGAGCUCAGUCUGGACAAUGCAACACUCCUGGGACGGAGAGGGAAGGGGCAGGACCCGAGUAAACUUAGGGAGCAGAUCGUGCAGUAG